GUCUUUUUCACGAUCAUCAACGCGUCGCCCCUUUUCUGAUGGGAGAGACGACGAAUACCCAGACCAUGUGCACAACAACGAAGGACGCACUUUGAACGCUCCUAGGUGGUGUCUCGGAACAGACGUAUAGAGAGAGAGAGCGACAGACAAUAGUCAUGAAGACCGGGCCUUCUCACGCCCAGUCCCUGUUCACAGCCUCGACUGGACUGUGCGCAGAUAGUAUAGCUGCUUAUCCCUACGACACGAGAGAGGCUGGCGAGUCUGCAGACUGGUCGGGAUUGUUUGCUCUUGGCACGUACGAAGUCGAGCAGUCCGAACCAAGCGCGACGAAACAACCGGCCUCACAUUGGCGAGAUGGCGGCGGUUCAGACGAUGAAGAACAGCAGCCAUCGUCCUCUUCGCCCGAAUAUACUCGACGGGGGCGUAUACUGCUGUACCAGACGCAGACGUCCAAUGCGAUGUGCGAAGAAAGCGCUGCGGACAAGGAUUGCGGAGCAGGCGUCCAGCUCGCUUACACGAGCGAGGAUGCUGCAGCGAUUCUGGACAUGUGCUGGCUUCCAUCGCCGGCUCUCUACCCAUCGUCUCAAACGCCGGAAAGAGAUAUGGCUCCUCUGUGUCUGCUCUCGGCGCGAGCGAAUUCGAGCUUGUCGCUCCACAGUCUGAGGUCUAAUUCCAGUUUGCCGUCGCCUGGAAACAGUCGCGGGUGCUCUUAUUCACUGCAGCAGGAAGCCACAAUCCCUUUGAGCACGACGACGAGCGGUGUGCUGGCUCUCUCCAUCGAUCAAUCUGCCAAGCGUACGGCAGCAUCAGAGCUUGGUCAAGUCGAUUCUAGCGUCGUCGUUUCUCAAUCAGAUGGCACGCUCGCCCUGAUCCCAUCUUUGGACUUCACCAUACACGAUUCAGCAGUCCACGAAAUCACUUUUGGCGCUUCAAUCGAGAACGCAUCGUCAGCUUCAGGAAGCCUUGCGCACGACGAGACAGCAGGUCUCGCAGACGAGAGCGACGAGGAAGAAGAAGAAGAAGAAGAAGAAGAAGGCGAGAAGCCGGUAAGCCUACAGAAAGCUUCUUGCACCGCCAGACAUCCCUCGAUUCAGGUCUGGCGAGCUCAUGAUCACGAAGCCUGGAUAGCAGCAUUCGAUCGAUGGAGCGAGUGUAACGUUUGCUGGAGCGGCGGGGACGACCUGACGCUCAAAGGGUGGGACCUGCGCACACCAUGUCACAGCGGUCGCCGAGAGAGCACUUUUGCGUGUCGCCGCUUUGAAGGCGGCGUCACGGCCAUGCAGUCUUCUCACCUGAGGCAACACUUGUGGGCUGUCGGGAGCUAUGAUGGACAAUUGCGCCUUUUCGACGCCAGACAACCCCAGAGGCCUUUCGAGCAGGUUGACAUGGGAGGAGGCAUUUGGCGAACAAAGUGGCACCCUACCGAUCCGAACCGCUUGCUGAUAGGAGCCAUGCACGCUGGCUUCAGAAUUGUUGCGCUCUCGCCGCCUACCACAAAAUUCGCUUCGGAGACGAUGUGGAAAGACGCCAGGUUGAGCCCGGAAAUUCACACAACUUUCGAGGAACAUCAGAGCUUGGCUUACGGAUGCGAUUGGAUAAGCCGAAGCAAAUUGGAUCGGAAGGCGGACGACUUGGUGGCUUCUUGCUCGUUUUACGAUAGGCGUUUGCACGUUUGGAGGGCUAGCUGACGCUGAAAUGUCGAGAUUCUAGCGAUCAAUGCCGCGACAUGGUCCCCACAUGCCGGACUGCCAACAAACAGCAUAUACUCAUUACCCACGCAUUGGAUUGGAAUUCGCAAGGUCCGUAUGAGCACAGAAAUGUCGGCAGCAGCGUGGUACGGUACAAAUUGGUCGCUAGAAAUGGCAGUAC